AUGGCGGAUUCGAUGGAAGAUUCAACGGCGGAUUCGAUGGAAGAUUCAACAGUGUAUUUGAUGGAAGAUUCAACGGUGUAUUCGAUGGAAGAUUCAACAGUGGAUUCGAUGGAAGAUUUCAACAGUGUAUUCGAUGGAAGAUUCAACGGCGGAUUUGAUGGAAGAUUUCAACAGCGGAUUCAAUGGAAGAUUUCAACAGUGUAUUCAAUGGAAGAUUUCAAUGGCGGAUUCAAUGAAAGAUUCAACAGUGUAUUCAAUGAAAGAUUCAAUGAUGAAUUCAAUGAAAGAUUUCAACAGUGUAUUCAAUGA